GGAUUAGCUGUUACGUCAGCGUCAGUUUGACAAGCAUGAGGCGCAUACUCAGUGCGAAUGUAUUGAGGCAGAUCAGUUUAUUUCGAAGAAAUGCUCUGUCUGCUGGCUCUCUGACAGCGGGUCAACAACGCGUCUGUGCACUGAGUUUCUGCAGGAAAUCAUCGAGCGAUCGCACAAACAUGGACCUGAGUGACAUGAGGAAGAAGUACAAGGGAGAUGAAGAGUGUUUUGAAGAGAGCCAGCUUGUAUCUCUGGACCCAAUCAAACAAUUUGGAAACUGGUUCGAUCAAGCCACGAAGUGCUCUGAAAUCGGAGAGGCGAACGCUAUGUGCAUCGCCACAGCCACCAAAGAGGGACGUCCGUCUGCUCGGAUGGUCCUUCUGAAAGGUUACAGCGACGAGGGUUUCCGUUUCUUUACAAACUACGAGAGCAGGAAGGGUUCUGAGCUGGCGAGCAAUCCACAUGCAUGUCUGGUCUUCUACUGGGAACCCCUGAACAGACAGAUUCGCAUUGAGGGUACUGUGGAGCGAAUCCCCUUCCAGAGCUCCAGCGACUACUUCCACUCCCGACCGAAGAGCAGCCAGAUCGGGGCGGUCGUGAGCCGACAGAGCGCUCCAGUUCCUAACAGAGAUUAUCUAAGGCAGAAAAACGCAGAACUGGAGGAGAAAUACAAAGACACAGAUGUGCCCAUGCCUGACUACUGGGGCGGCUACAUGGUCAAGCCUCAGCUGGUGGAGUUCUGGCAGGGUCAAACCAACAGACUCCACGACCGCAUCGUCUUCACCAGGCCGAAGGACGGAGAGUCCGAGCUGGGGGAGUUUCAGCACCCUGCAGAGGGAGGCUGGGUGUACCAGCGCCUGUCCCCGUGAGAAGCACCUCAGCAGA